AUGACCCCUUAUUUGGUAUGCUAUUCCUCUCAAACAGGGACCUCAAAGAAGCUCGCAGUUGAUUUCGCACAUGAAAUCGAACAGACCAUAGAUCAUGAUCGAAUUCCAACCGAAGAAAACAUGUUUGAAGUUAAGAACAUCAGUGAAAUAGAAAAACCAGAAGAUUUAUCGCGCUGGAUCUUGAUAUGCUUUUUUAUCAGUUCUUAUGGUGACGGCGAGCAGUGUUCUGACGGUGAGCAAUUUUACAACAGCCUAAGACAUUUGGAAAACGACUUCUUCAAAAAGCGUGGGAAACAAUGUGAGUUUACAAUGUUUGGCUGCGGGAAUUCUUUGUAUGAUUCUUAUCAAGGUGCCGCCAACAACAUCCAAAAGGAAUUGUCAAGGCUAUCAUUUCAUGAAAUAGGGAAGUUUGGUAAAGGAGAUGAUGGAUGCAAUAUGCUGAUGGAAGAUUACAACGAAUGGAAACUGGAUACAAUUUCCUUAUUACAAAAAUUACUGAAGUUCCCGUUGGUGCAAAGGACGAAUGAGUAUAUAUCGCAAUUCGAAGUUACUGAAUCGGACGAAGCUGAGGCGGUCUUAUUUGAUAAGUCAACAGGUCCACCACAUCAUGAGGAUAAUCCAUUUUUUGCACGUAUUAAGAAUAUCGAAGUAUUGACAAACAAUGAGUUUGAUGUAAAGAAAGUUGUUCGUGUUUCGUUCGAUCUAGAGCAAAAGAAAACCAACUUACGUUAUACGACAGGUGAUCACAUUGCGGUUUAUCCUAGUAAUAGUGAAUCUGAUGUUCGUUCAUUUCUUAAACUUGUUGGACUAUGGCACAAACGAAAUCAAAUAGUAAGAAUAAUCCCUGUUGGACAUUCAAUUAGGCCUUUUUACCCAAUUCCCUGUUCUUACUUUAACAUAUGCAAAUACUAUCUUGAAAUAAAUGCCUCACCAAGCAGGAAAAUGAUCCACUUUAUUGCAAAUACAUUCACGGAAGAUGAUGCGGCUAAACAAUCUCUUGCAAAUAUCACGAGCAACGCCGAAACAUUUGCCAAAAAUGUAACUUCAAGACAUCUUACAAUAUCAAAACUUCUCGAGCCAUUUGGAUAUAAGAAUUUCAACAUUCCGAUAACGUUUUUUAUGGAAUCAUUUGGAAAAUUGAAACCGAGAUAUUAUUCAAUUUCGUCUUCUAGCUUAGAGUUUUCGGAUAUGGUUGAUAUGACAGUGAGCCUCGACAAAGAUAGUGACAGUCAUUUUGAGGGUGUUUUUUCUAAGGAGUUGGAGAGGAUUCUUGAUGACAAAAGAACAAGUGAAAUAUGUCAAAUUGAUACCAGACUUCCUAUAUUUAUGGAGACAUCGAAAUUUAGACUUCCAACUAAUUCAAAGAAACCAAUAUUAUUAAUUUGUGCAGGCGUCGGGGUAGCACCGUUUCGUGCGUUUAUUAGGGAAAUUGCUUUAAAAUCUAAGAAUGCUGAGAUCAGUAAAAUAUAUUUAUACUAUGGUUUACGCAGGCAAGAUGAAGAUUUUCUUUAUUUUGAAGAACUGAAUGAAAUCAAAAAGAAAUUAGAUGGAAUGCUUGAGGUUAAUAUUGCUGAAUCCAGAGGGGCUGGACCCAAAGUAUACGUACAAAAUCUUCUUGAAAGGGAUCGGUCCAAAAUUGGUUAUCUUUGCAUUAAGAAUAAUGCAUGCAUAUAUGUGUGUGGCCGGGCCAAAACUAUGGGUAGAGGUGUAUCGAAGACUUUAAUUGAUAUUUUUUCUGAUAUUAAAGGCGGCAUAAGCCAGGGAGACAACUACUUAAAGCUGAUGAAAAUAUUAGGUAGAUAUCGGGAAGACAUCUGGUAG